AUGUCUACUGCGCGUUGCCAAAGUGUCGACUUAUCAACUUCAAAAUGUGCAAUUUGUGAAGAGAAGUACAAAUUUGAUGACAAAAAAUGUGUUUCAAUGGAAACGACGCUAUGCUCGUAUACAUCAUCAGGCAACUGCCUUCAUUAUGAUUUACAAAUCUCAUUUAGAACUUCCAAUGAGGGUGUAUUGAAAACAGCAAUACGGGGUGAACCAAGUUGCUCAAAUUGUGUUGGCAACGUUUCAACAUGUGCAAAGUGUAACGUGAAAGGUGGGUAUUACCAAUAUGUCGAAUUUACAACAAUAAAAGACAAGAAGUGUGUCAUCAAUACAACACUUGACAAUUGUGAAUGGGUUUCAGAAUAUGGGUGUGCUGUGUGUCUCGAUGGGUAUUAUCAAAACAAAUAUUUAAAAUGCCCAAAGUGUGUUAAAUUGCGUGCGACUUGUUCAGACAAUAACACGUGCUCUUUAUGUAUUAAUCAAUAUGUUUUGAUAUCAAAAUACAACAAAUUUGGACCAAAUGGAGACGAGUGUGUUCACACGACAAAUGUACUUUCAAUUAUACUUCCAAUCAUUUUUGAUUUUUUAAAGAAGUCACCUGUCAACGAAUUUUUGUUGAAAGAUUUAAAAAAGAAAGAAGUUGAUACCAUAUAUAUUGGCACUCAAAAAACGCAUUUUGAAGGCGAAAUUGCAGUUCAGAAAGACGGCGAAUGCAAAUUUAUGAUUGGCAACGACAGAACGUCUUUAUUGAAAAUUCAAUUCACAACACAAAAUGACAAGGAAAAGUUUGAGUUGAAUGUUAAACCUUCCAUACCAGUGAGUAUCGAGAAAGGUUGUGCUGUUGAAUUAACUGUUGCUGUUUAUCCGCUGUGUACACUUGAGAAGACUAUUGACAUCACUUGUUCGGUCUUGAACAUCAACAAAGGCAAAAUAUCAGAGAUAAAAAUCCCAGUAAAAUUUGCGUCAGAAAUGUCGACAGCACUUAACCCAGACGAAUUGAAAAAAGUUCGAAAACUCAGAGAAGGAAGCUUUGGGAUUGUGUUUAAAGGAACAUAUCGAGGAAAUGUUGUUGCCAUCAAAGAGAUGAAGGAAAUGGUUGUCGCCACUUAA